AGCGUAUUCGUCAUAGGCAAUGACGUCGUCGAGUUUGUCAUCCUGCUCAACAUCGCCGUCAUCUCGCCCGUCAUCUCCAUCUUCGGCAUCGCCUCCAACAUCAUUAACAUCAUCGUCUUCGCGCGCCACGGGUUCAAGGACAGUGUCAACGUCAGCCUGGUGGCCCUGGCCGUCUCCGACGUCUGCUCGCUCGUCCCUCUGCUGUGGCUGUCCGUCGUGCUCAACCCGGCCUUCUCCGCCGUGCCGUUCGUGAGGCUCGAGGUCCAGUACCUGACCGCGUCGUGGCCGCACACCUGCUUCGCCAGGAUCACCAGCUGGGUCACGGCGUACAUCAUGCUGGAGCGCUGCCUCUGCAUCAUCAAGCCGCUGACCGUCAGAACGAUCAUCACGCCCAGACGGGUGCGGUGCAUCAUGGGAUUCAUCUUUGCGGCCGGUGUGGCCGUGGUCUGCCCCACCUAUGCGACCGCUUGGCUGGGGUGGCGGUUCUCACCGGCGGAUAACAGAACGCUUCUGGGGCUGGUGAACCGGCCAGGCUCCAAAGACGUCAUCAAGGCCACCGUUUUCUUCAACAACACCUUAUCUCCUCUGGCUUCCUUCGUCGUCGUUGGAGUCUGCCUCAUCAUCAUAGUGUCGAAGCUGAAGGAGAAAGCAAAGUGGCGAGAGGCGUCCGUGGGUGGCACGAAUCUAAAGAAAAUCUCAGGCAACGACAGGAAAGCCAUCAAAAUGCUGGCAGCGCUUUCCGUGAUGUUCAUCACCAGCGUGGCUCCGAACAUCGGGCUUGUCGUCUGGUACAUCUGCGACAAGGAGUUCACACUGGACGGGGCGUACCGGAACCUGUUCAACACGCUCUUCACGUGCACGUACGUCCUGGAGGCCUCGAACUCAAGUUUCGGGGUCGUCGUCUACUUCACGAUGAACGCUCGGUACAGGGCCACGUUCAUGAACAUCCUCGGUCUCGGCAGGAAAUGA